UAGAAGGAGCUCACUUCGCGCCCGGACUCACUUCUACACCGUUUGAGACGUUUUUCUUUUCCUCGUCGUCUUCAGCAUGGAGGUCGGAGAAAAGCUGAAAGAACUCAACAUGACGGCGGAGGAAGUGGACCGACUCACUAAAGCGCUCAAGGACGAGAAAUUCGGGGAAAUGCUGCGUGACUACGCGCGCGAGCUGUCGGACCCGGAGAAUAAGAGAAGGUAUGAAGAGGAGAUCAAACUCCUGGAGCAGAGAGGAAACACGAUUGACUUCAUCCACCCGAAACCAUUUCGGUCUCUGAGGACGAGUGUGAACGGCAAGCAGAAGUGUUUCAUCAACAUCUGCGUCAGCGAGCACAUCGGAAAGCCCGCGUGUCAGCGCGGGGUGUCGGAGGGCGGCCGCAGAGGACAGCGCUGGUCCCUGCCUCACAGUCUGCCCCCAGGGAGACAGGACACAGACCCCAAAGGGAACAAGAUCCAGAUCCAUGACGUCAUCUUCCACCCUGACACCGUCCACAUGGCGAGCAAAAACAAAAGGUUUAUGGACUUGGUGGUCAGCACCGCCAUAGAGGGAAUCCAGAGCGCCUUCAAAGUGACUCUGGAUAAAAACAAUGUGAGGGAGAUGAGCACUAAAUACAAGGGUGCCCCUCAGCCGUGUGUCCUCCGAACGCCCAUCCCCGGAUACAAGUCCGAGGGGCCCUCGGAGGAGCCGGACCCUCUUGCGUUCCCGUACCCGGGUGAAAAAAAACCUUCCGCGUCCCUGCAAACGAAGCCCGAAGAACCAUCUGCAAGGAAAGGCAGCGAGCCCACCGAGCCACGCUACACAGUCAAAUAUCGAUCUUUCGUGGAUCUCCAGGACUUCAGAUACUCGAGGGACUCGGCCCGAAGCCCCAGGCCCAAAGAGAUCGUGGUGACCGUCGCCUUGCCGCUCCUGAAGGCCGCCUCAGACGCCAGCCUCGAGGUGAAAGAGAAGCAGCUGCUGCUGACGUCCGAGAAACCGGCCUACAGACUGGAGCUGCCCCUCGCCUACCCCGUGGACGAGGAGAAAGGAGAGGCCAAGUUCGACAAGCAGACAGGACGGCUCACGGUCACGCUGUCGGUUCUCCCUUCGGACGAAGCGUCGCAUUUCGCCGCUCUGGCUCGCGUUGGCGACGACGAGAGUCAGGAGGAGGAAGGAGAGGUGCGGGAGGAGGAGAGGGAAAGCAAGAACAGUGAGAAGCAAAGAGCUGUCGAGGAGGAUUUCAGGCAGCAGACGAGGGGAGAGGAAGUUGACGAAGAGGGCGAAAGAGGCCACGAGAAAGGAGAGGAGCAGAUGAUGGAGGAGGAGGAAACACUGGAAGGAAAAGAGGAAGGAGCAAAUAGUGAAGAAGAAGAGAACAUUGGUUUGGGGGAAGACGCAGAAAAAUGGACAAAGCCGAAAAUAAAAGGCAGAGAAGUCGAGGAUGAGAUUUUGAAAGAGCAGAAACAGGAACAUGACAUAGAGUUUGGAAACGCUAAGCAACAGGAAAGGCCGCAACUGGAAGACGACGAGGACUCUGGUGGUGCUGGCGAUGUUUCUGUCGAUGAAACCUCCUCGCCGGAUGGUCACGAGAGGCUUGAGGCCACUCCUGAAACAGAUCACCAGUUUGGUUUAAUCCCUGCUGAACAUUUAAGCUGCACAGAAAAAGGGGGAGGAGUCAAUGCCAACUCUUGUUUGGAGUCACCACCCAAAACGAAGACGUCCGGCACCAGAGGGGAGGUGGAAACGGACGCUGCGUUCAUGAAUCACAAAUCGAGUGAGGAAUCGCAAACUUCCACAGCGGCUGAACCUCACGGCCAGAACGACACGAAGCGGGUCGAGAGGAGGAGCACCGGCCCAGACGACCCGCCAAAGGUGCAAAUCCUUCACAAACCAGAGCGCGACAAGCCACCGCCUGUGUUGCUAAGGGAAAUCGAUAAAGAUGGAAACGAAACGAUCAUCAGUGACCAUUCCACAUCGGCCGGGUUCAUCUUCCAGAACUCUCUGAUCUACGAGCUCGACUGAGGCGGAGCUUCAGAGCCAGUGUGAAAGAGUUACCGUUUAAUUAAAUACUAUUAAAUGUUCUUAUUCUCAAAACAUUCUCUUCAAUCACUCAA